CGUAGCGGUACUCGCUACUUUUCGCUUCCCGCCUCACUUCACCACUCUCUCCUAAGUUUUCACGCCGGGGGGAAAAGCGCCGACAUUUCUGGUCGUGUGGUAUUGAGAGACUGCAGACAUCAUGGUGAACAUCCCAGAAUACUAUGCAGGAAAAAACGUGCUGAUCUCCGGAGCGACCGGCUUCAUGGGCAAGGUGCUGCUGGAGAAGCUGCUGAGGUCCUGUCCAGAAGUCAGAUCAGUCUAUGUGCUGGUCAGGUCGAAAGCUGGUCAAAGCCCUAAAGCCCGCAUCUCUGAAAUGAUCAACAGCAAGCUCUUUGAAAAAUUGCAACAAGAUCAGCCGGACUUUGCAGAGAAGAUCAUCGCAGUGAACUCUGACCUCACACAACCGGAGCUGAAUCUGAGUAAAGCGGACCAGAGCAUCCUUGCUGAAAACAUUGACAUCGUCUUCCACUGUGCUGCCACUGUCCGCUUUAGUGAGCCACUCAAGGAUGCAGUGCAGCUGAAUGUCCUGGCCACUCAGAUGAUGCUGGCCCUGGCCCACAGGAUGAAGCACCUGGAGGUUUUUAUUCACAUCUCCACAGCCUAUGCCAACUGUAACCGAGAGCUCAUCGAGGAAGUUGUCUACUCUCCCCCCGUAGACUACCGAAAACUCAUCGAUACUCUGGACUGGAUGGAUGACGAUCUGGUAUCUACACUGACUCCCAAGCUAAUUGGAGAACAUCCCAACACUUACACUUUCACCAAAUCUCUGGCCGAAUAUAUGGUGCAGCAGGAGGCUGGAGACCUCAACGUAGCCAUUGUCAGACCCUCCAUAGUUGGAGCCAGCUGGAAAGAGCCCUUCCCAGGCUGGAUUGAUAACUUCAAUGGACCCAGUGGGAUAUUCAUUGCAGCUGGUAAAGGGAUCCUCCGAACAAUGAGAGCAUCUAAUAAUGCUGUGGCUGACCUCGUUCCUGUAGAUGUGGUCAUCAACACUACGCUGGCUGCAGGCUGGUACUCAGGAUCACAGGUGCUUAACAGGCCUAAAAGCAUACCCGUGUACAAUUGUACAACUGGUGGGAUUAACCCGUUUCGCUGGGGAGAAGUCGAGUACCAUGUAAUAUCCACAUUCAAGAGGAACCCCCUUGAGCAGGCCUUCCGUCGGCCCAAUGUUAAUCUCACAUCCAAUCACCUAAUCAAUCAGUACUGGAUCGCCGUGAGCCACAAAGCUCCGGCCUUCCUCUAUGAUCUGUACCUCAGGCUGAUUGGACGAGAACCCAGGAUGAUGAAGACGAUCACUCGCCUCCACAAAGCCAUGAUGGUACUGGAGUAUUUCACCAGUCACUCCUGGGUGUGGAACACUGACAACAUGGCCAUGCUGUUGGCCCAGAUGAGCCCUGAGGAUAAAAAGAUAUUUAACUUUGACGUGCGUCAGCUGCACUGGGCAGAGUACAUGGAAAAUUACUGUAUGGGCACCAAAAAAUACGUCCUCAAUGAAGAGCUGUCGGGGCUGCCUGCUGCACGCAAACACCUCAACAAGCUGAGGAACAUUCGUUACACCUUCAACACCAUCCUGGUGGUGUUUAUUUGGCGCAUAUUCAUCGCCCGAUCCCAGAUGGCCAGAAACAUCUGGUACUUUGUGGUGAGCCUCUGCUUCAAAUUCCUGUCCUACUUCCGAGCUUCUUCGACCAUGAGAUAAUGACCGAGGGACGUGGUGGCGGGUUGCGAGGCGGAGCGAGAAAAGAAAUUAAGAAAAGACUGGCUGUGGAUGGUGAAAGGUGCUUUUGUUCAAAGUGCUUGGAAAAGGAGGGAAAAAAAAAAAAACAACAACAAUAAAAACAUCCGUCUCUGGUCUCUUUUCAUUGACACCACCAAACCAUUUAACAACUCAAAUACAGGUGGAGCUACCUGACAAGCCUGGAGUUCACAGGGGUCUGUUGGCUAUCUGGAUCUCUGGCAUUUCAUAGAAACUCAGUGCAUGGAUUUAUUGCACCAUACAGCUCCGAUUCACAGCACUUGGACUAGUUGGAACUUCAAGCCUUGUUCUGUUCAUUCCCAGCAUGUCCGGUCCUCCUCCUCGGCGCCAGCUUUACCCAAGAGCAACCUUCUCUAAACCUCUAAACCUGCUCAUCUCGCAUCUUUGUGCUCGCCUGGCUGUCUUCCUGCAAAACGAAGCUAUGCAUUGGAUGAUGCUGCUGCAAAAAUCCCCAGCUGGUUUUGAAUCAGUCCAGGCUUCAGUCGCGUCAGAUAUGUUUUAAGUUGCAAGUGUAAGUUGUAUAUUUGUCAUCUGAAAAGAUAACUGGUUUUGCUGUUUUUCUUCCAGCUUGUCUGUGGUUCGUGUCAUUUUUAUGGUAUGGAACGUUUUUUAAAAGCAGUCUGUAAGAAUCAGGGUUUUUUUUUUGUUUUGUUUUUUUUCACCUGACAGCAGCGUUUGCUAGAUGCUUAAACAGUUGGUUGAUUUGACAUUUUAAGAGGCUUAUUCAGGGACCGGCUGACCUAGGGAUCACUGUUUAACUCUGUCAUGACCUCCUAACCCCAAGAGCGAAGCCAUUUUAGCUAACACGUGACAUUUGCAGCGAUGGCUUGUGGAAACUGAAGUAUAAACACGGGAGGGGCUUGCUUAUGCUGAUUUUUAUGUCCCACAAAAAGAAUGGCCUUUAGCCCCCUCUCGCUGCUUGUGAGAAAGAAACUGUCAGCAAUGAUGCACCUCUGCAUGUUCCCCCAGUGGACUACGGUGGCAGACUCCCUAAUUACAGCAAAGCACAAUGUAGAUUGUACUGUAGUGGCUUUACCCAGUGCCUACAAACCAACGGUUCUUGCAUCAGCAGAUAUCCGGCUUCUUCUUCAGUUUCCUUUUUUGUUUUAAAUCAUGUCUGAAGGUUAUUAAGCUACACUUUUGCCAAAAUGUAUCUUGGCUAACAUGCUCAUAGCUCUGUAAAACGGUGGGGGUGAGAUGGUUAUUUCUUUCCUCUCGAAUUCUUGGAAAUUAAACGCUCUUGUACCGGUACAAAUCUUGAGUUCCACACUGUUCUUUUAGUACACUACUUUUCAGGUAGCACUAAUUGUAGCUCGCCAUCAUUGUGAAGGGUUUAAGUCGUUUUUCUUUGCAAGUGCUUGUGUGUGCAUGUGUUAGAGUAACUUUGCGGGACAUACUGUAUUCUGUUGCUGCUGUUUAUAACCUCUUGGACCAUUCGUUGCCAUGUCAAGUCUUACAUUGUUGGAACUGAAGCUAAUCUGUGCACUGUUAUGUUUGUCUCCCCCCGAGCUUUAAUGAAGCAGGGUGUGACUGCGUGCCGUUUGCUUGCAUCUUAGGCCAUAGAGAUUUCAAGCACCUACAUGUUUGUCGUGCCAGAGUCACUGAGGAGUGUGAUUUAUUUUUUUCCCCCCUUCUCCCAAAUCUCACAGCAUGAGUCAUUUUGCAUAGAUCGUAUGAAAGUCCAAGACUCAAACCUGAAUUGUGCCUGAACUUUUGUCAAGAUAAUGUGAAAAGAAAGCAAUCAGAUCUGUUUUCUAGUUAUUUUCUGUAUAACUCUAUUUAGGUAGACGACAUAUAACACAACAGAUGUAUUUUUAUGCUGAUAACAUUGUGACUAGUUUACUGAUAAAGAGCUAACUGAACCAACUUCAGCUGCUGUAUAUUUAAAAUAAAAUUUAAAAAAAAGAAAUUUAACCUGUUUAAAAAAAAAAAAAGAAAAAAAAAAAAAGUAAAUGCCGUAGAUUAAAUGCUGAAUUUGGCUGUUACAAGUUGCUCGUCAUAUGACUUUGUAUAUACAUGCACAUUUUAACUUUUUCCAUCACUGAAUGUAGUAGACAUUCAACAGCCUGACUUCAUUGCUCAGUCAGAUUCUCCCUGACUGAAAUGACAGCUCUGAAAAAUUCUGUAAUUGCCUGUGAUUUUGAUAUGGGAAAAGCUGAGGGGCCAUGUGACGAAUUCUUGCUUAACUCUGUUUCCUUGUGAGGGUGUGAAGUCUCUGGUGUGAUUAUGACUGUUCUUGUUUAGUGUGGUGGGGGGAGGGAGAGGAAAUAAAGCGACGCCAUGUCUAAUUCAGGGCUUUCUCACUUCUGAUGUCAGGAACUACUGAAUCCUACCAGUGGAUUGUUAAAACAGGGCAUUGCACACAAGCAUUGAAACGAUUGUAAACCUCUGAAAUCACAGCUUUGAACAGUUUAGGAAUUGCAUUGCGUUAUAGCAUUAUUUUGCAACAACCAAAGUUUUUCUUUGGCACAUUUACAUUUUUGUGAUAUAAGCUUGCUUGCAAGAUUUUUUUUUUUUUUUUUUUUUGGUGCAUGUUAGAGGAAUUUAAUGUCAUACAAGCAGCUAAUUAGCUUAGGGAAAAAUGUUUAGUGUGCCUCUGUCCAAAAAGAAAUCCAGCCACCAGAGUAGUCUCUGCGGGGCCAAACCUGAUUGCAGCAGAAAUUUGGCAAAGAAAUAACGUAACACAAUGCAUAACAGACGUUUGUACGUUUUGAUAGAGUAGGUGAUGCCCGUUUCCUUUAAGCUAACCUAAAUUAUAUUUUGGGACUUGAGAAGUAUCCAUAGACUGUAGAUAAAAGAUGUAGCCACAGUGCCAACAUCCACUGACUUCUUUGAAACGGGAUGUGACCAUAUUUGGAUAAAAGGUUGAGCAGGAAAAGUGAUGCUACUGCUGUUAAUGGCUAGAUAACUUGGCAAAGUGCCAAAGGUCAAAUGUUAUGCUAAUGUUUGGGUAGCUUAAAAUAACUUGGCAGAAAACUGAACACAAAGGAACGGCCACUUAAGUGCAUAUCUUUAAACAUGAUUGCAGUUUUAAAAAGUAUUUUCUUCAUAAGAUGCUAAGUUUGGAUAUUGCGUUGAGCCGGCCUCAAGUGGCCAUUUGAGGAACUGCAAUUAUUGCCAUUUCUACUGUGGUUUCAUUUUCAUAGCAAUCGAUUUCCAACAGACUCGAGAUCAAAAUCUCUUACAUGAAACAACUUUAGCUCUCCUAACCUGGCAGAAAAAAAAUGCAAUUAAGCAGAACCCUACUCUUCAUAGAGGGGAGGGACAAAAAGAUUAAAAUGUGUUUUCGGGGGUUUUAAAAAGACUCGAUGGCCUGAGUAUUUAUCGCCUGCAUCAAAGGAGGAGCGGUAGUUUUAUUUGGCCUUUUUAAAUGAUCAGCUGAUCGCAGGGCACGUUUAAGGUGCAGAAUAAAGUUUUCAUCAGUGGUUGUGAAUGCAUUUAAAAUGAUUUAGUUUCAGUGUUUGUUUUUUAAAAUGUGAGGUUCUUGAGGGGAGGCCUGUUUAAUCGCUCCUACUUUGAGCGCAGUGAUGAAUAUCGGCCCCACUCUUUACUCUCAGAAGUUGGGGAAAGGGAUUCUUGUCAUUCAUUUUAAUGUGACACUCCUCAAAAAAUAUCAAUGGGUGCCUUUUGUUUGUAAACCAAAAAGAAGGAAUAAACAAUGUUUAAUCUUC